AUGAGCGACCAGAGCGCAAGUAAUAGGAUAAAUGGCGGCUUCGUGUCGAGCCAUGGCAGGACGAAAUCAGACGAGACCGGCACCGAGGGCACAGUAGAGACGAGCAUCUCUUCGACGCAGCAGCAGGAGGAUAGGAACCGGAUCGGCAGCCAGCUCUCGCAGGACCUCCCUCGCAAGUACGACGAGAGACAUGUCGCAAGCCCGGCUGUCUCAGAUGCGCUGUCCCGCACCAACUCCGAAUUCUCGGCCAGAUCUGCGUCACCCCAAGUAUCGCCGAGGGGUCGCGAACCUGCACGAAGGCUCGAGCCUCCGGUCACCAAGGCCACCCUCAGCGAAUUGGACGUCACCAAGAUCAUCCACAACCCCAAGCUGCGGCACGAUAUCAAUUUUGACCCGGAGCUGCACUUCCGGCCGAACCUGGACGGAGAGAAGGGCCGGAGGAAACAGGAGAAGGCGAAUCAGUUUUGGAACGCGCUGCAGGAGCAGCUCAUCCAGUUCGUGGUGGACAGGGAAGGAUUCGUCAGGGACCACGGCACCGAAGAGAACUGGUGCCUGCCCCUGCUGCUCAAGGCCGUCAAGGAGAUCAUCCAGACGCUAGUGCCGGCGCGGGACAGGGAGUUCCUGAACGAGGGGCUGAACGUGGACCUGCUGAUGCAGCAGUUCAACCGCGGAAUCGCCGACCUGGAGAAGCUGGCGCAGUGGCUCGCGUCGGUGCUCAAGCUGCACUGCGCGCCUAUGAGGGACGAGUGGGUGGACGAGAUGUACAACAAGCUGAGCCGGGGGAACCGCGACAACGACAUGGGCGAGCUCGUCAAGGGCAUGUGCAGCCUGCUCGGCGUCCUCGAGGCCAUGAAGCUCGACGUGGCCAACCACCAGAUCCGGUGCCUGCGCCCGCACCUCAUCGAGGACACGGUCCUGUUCGAGCAGCGCUUCUUCUGCAAGAAGAUCCAGAGCGGGCGGCUCGACAUCCGCCCGGCCAAGCAGUGGUACAGCCUGGCGCUGUCGUCGUCGUCGUCGGCGGCGGCGGCGCCGACGCGCGACCCGGCCUUUGGCGAUGCCGCGCCCUUCUUCCGGGCGCUGGCCGCCCUCGUUAUGCCCUCGGCCGAGAGCACCGCCGUGCCCAGCACCUUCCUCUUCGACGAGGAGCGCCUGCUCAAGCUGCGGUCCGACAUGUGCGACGCCAUCAACCUCGAGGUCUGCAUGCGCGUCUUCGAGCAGGCAGAGAGCCUCCUGCGGGCGACGGCCUCGCUCUCCAUCCCCUCGUACAUCGACGAGGAGCGCCACUCGCUCCGCUCCAGCACCACCUCGUCCUCGUCGGACGAGUUCAACUUCAACGCGCCCAUCUCGCGGCCCUCGAGCCUCGCCCUCAGCUCCACAUCCCCCUGCUCCUCCCCGCGCACCUCGGCCUGCUUCCUCUCCACGGCCCACCACCACUACAGCCCGCACCACCACCAGCACGACGAGUCCGCCGGCAAGGCCCGCUCCUCGCGGACCGUCUACGCCUCGCUCCUCGCCCUCCUGCACACGGCGCCGCCGGCCUCGUCCAAGCAGCGCUGGCAGGCCCUCUCGCCCGCCAUCUCGCUCGAGAUCUUCCGCCACCUCGGCGCCCCGGCCUCCUUCCUGCGCAACAUCGAGGAGGCCCUCGACAAGAACCUGUGCCACAACAACAGCAGCGGCAGCUCGAGGACGGCAGACGCCGACAGCGCCCCCUUGCUGCGCGACGUCGAGCGCCACUUCCACGCGCGCCUCGUCGCCGAGGCGGGCCGCCGCGUGCGCGACCUGCGCGACCUGUCGGGCGUGGACCUCUUCACCGUCGCCACGGGCGGCCGCGUCGCUGCCGCCGCCGCCGCCGCCACCGCCAGCAGCUCUUCAUCCUCGUCGUCGUCGUCGUCGUCGUCGCGCGCCCCCUCGUGGAACGUGUCGCCCGCGGCGGCGGCGGCGGCCCGGGAGCGCGAGCUCAGCAGCGAAGGGCGCGACGCGCGCGAGGACGGCGGCGUCGAGGACAUGGCCAUGCGGCUGGCGCACCUGGGCCUGCUGCACUGGCGGGUCUGGGGCGAGCUCGUCUACAUCCCGACCGAGGAGGCGCGGGCGGCAGCUGGCGCCGCGCAGCAGUAA